AUCCAUAUGGAGGAUGAAUCUCCUCCUUCUCAAGGAGUCAGUGUCAAGGUCUUGGAGGCAACGUUAUUGUCAGCCCUGAAGAUGCUGGAUGUUGGGAAAUGGCCAAUUUUUUCUCUCUGUUCCCAAGAAGAACUCAAGUUAAUUCGUCAGGCCUGUGUGUUUGGCAGUGCUGGCAAUGAAGUGUUGUAUGCAACUGAAAAUGAUGAGGUUUUUGUGCUUGGUGUGAACUGCAGUGGCUGUUUGGGAACAGGUGACAUGCAGAGCACUAUUGAACCAAGGAGGUUAGAUUCUCUGUGUGGCAAAAAGAUAGCCUGUCUGAGUUAUGGGAGUGGCCCUCAUGUUGUUCUUGCUACAGAAGAAGGAGAAGUGUAUACGUGGGGCCAUAAUGCUUAUAGUCAGCUGGGCAAUGGUACAACAAAUCAUGGUUUCAUUCCCUGUCAAGUCUCCACUAACUUGGUGAACAAGAAAGUCAUUGAAGUUGCCUGUGGCUCUCAUCAUUCUAUGGUGCUAACAUCUGAUGGAGAGGUAUACACAUGGGGUUAUAAUAACUCUGGCCAAGUUGGAUCAGGUUCAACAGCCAAUCAACCAAUUCCUAGAAGAGUUACCAGCUGCCUGCAAAAUAAAAUAGUGGUUAAUAUAGCUUGUGGACAGAUGUGCUCUAUGGCUGUGGUGGAAAAUGGAGAGGUCUAUGUCUGGGGCUACAAUGGCAACGGGCAGCUGGGACUGGGCAGCAGUGGCAACCAGCCAACCCCCUGCCGGCUGGCAGCGCUGCAGGGCAUCCGUGUGCAGCGGGUUGCCUGUGGCUAUGCACAUACCUUAGUGCUAACAGAUGAAGGUCAGAUUUAUGCCUGGGGAGCCAAUUCAUAUGGCCAGUUAGGUACUGGGAACAAAAGUAACCAGUCUUACCCUACAACAGUCACUGUGGAUAAGGACAGGUAAUACAGCCCUGCCCUUAGCCAUUAGUUGGCAUACUCUCAAGAGCUACACAGAAUUAUGGCAUUUUUAAUUAUUUUUUUGCAAGAAACAGACUGUAAGUUUUUUUCCCCAUUGU